AUGUCAGAAGUUGUCAGUGGUAGAACAUAUUUCAGUGUUCCCCCACCUCCACCACAGAUGAACAAUAUCAGCUCUCGAUUUUGCCUCCAGACGUCCCCCGUGACAGGUACUUACCCAGAAGAUGACAGCAGGUCCUUGGGCAAUAAGGCUUAUGAUUCUAUAGUCAAAUGCAAUUCAAAACAAUGGGCUACAGAUGUAGGGCCUCCUUGUUUAUCAUUUGGGCAUUGUGUGGAUGGAGUAUUACAGAAAGGACCUCAGUGUGGUUUUGCUGCACUCAUUAUGGCUGCCCACAUAUGGAAAAAAGAUGAUCUCACACUUGAUUUAUUAGUGAAAAUUGGAAAGCAGAAAGGUUACACGAUUCAAGGGGAACUCUUUUCUGCAUACUUCAUGGAAGAUCUUGCUCAAGAAUUCUGUAGUGCCCAAGUGGUUGACAGCGCCAACCUUUGUCCAAAUGUGAUCUGGGAGUGUUUGCUGCAGGGAUAUCUCCUCCUUGUGCCUUAUGAUUCGGAUAAAAACUACCAUCCUUGCCUUCAAAAUGGACAUAAAGCUCACUGGGCGCUGCUAACUGGUUGCUUCCUGGUGCUAAAAGAGUCUGCAGAAAUUUUUCUCAACAAAUACUUUGAGCGAGAUUCUAACGUUCCGCGUUUGUUCCAUGCCGAAGUUGAUGGCCCGGUUGAUGGUAUUAAAUACACUGACAUGAAAUACUUUUUCCCUUUGCUUUCUUUUUUCUUUCUUUUCUUUUUUGUUUUUUCUUUCUUUUCUUUUUUGUUUUUUCUUUCAUUUUUUCUGUUUUUCUUUCAUAUUUCUCAUUAUUUUCUUUUCUUUCCUUUCCUUCCUUUUUUCCUUCAUUUUUAUCUUCUGUAA